GAGCUGCCGGGCGGGCGGGAGGCGGGGGAGGUGUUUUCCAGCUUUAAAAAGGCCGGAGGCAGCGCGCGGCCCUGCGUCAGAGCGAGACUCAGACUCCGAACUCGCCGGCAGCGGCACCGCGCGGGUCGCAGCGGCCGGGCGCGGGUACAGGGGCGCGGGCGCACCCCUCCGAGCCCCCGCCACCCGCUCGCGUCCCAGGGCCGCAGACGGGCCUGCCACGCGCGCACACGCCCCUCAAUGACAUUUCCCCGGGGCGCGAGGCGCUGAGCCGGGCCGGGCGCGUGUCCGCCGGGCAGAGGUCCGGCUUCCCGGGGAACCAGCCCGGGUGGCGGCGCGGGGCGCCCGCUGCUGCGCCUCCUGCUCCUCCCCGGCCGCUCCUCCUCCGCCGCCGCCGCCGCGUGGAUGCCAAGUACCAGCUUUCCAGUCCCUUCCAAGUUUCCACUCGGCCCUCAGGCUGCAGCCUUCGGGAGCGGAGAAACUUUGGGGCCCGCGCCGCCCGCCGGCGGCACCAUGAAGUCGGCAGAAGAAGAGCACUACAGCUAUGCACCCCCCAGCAUCGGCUCUGCCCUGCCGCUCCCCACGGGGCACCCCUCGCUGCCAGCCGCGUGUCACGACCUGCAGACCGCCGCUGCGGGCAUCUCGGCCAUGCCAGCAGCGAGUCACUCCGCGGGGUACGGGGCAGCCGUGGACAGCGCGUCCUCGGGGUACUUCCUCUCUGCCGGCGGCAUCAGGCCUGACGGGGCCCCGGCCCUGGAGAGCCCUCGCAUCGAGAUCACCUCGUACCUGGGCCUGCACCACAACAGCGGCCAGUUUUUCCAUGACGUGGAGGUGGAGGACGUCAUCCCCGGCGCCAAGCGGUCCCCGUCCACGGCCACGCUGAGCCUGCCCGGCCUGGAGGCCUACCGGGACCCCGCGUGCCUCAGCCCGGCCAGCAGCCUGUCCUCCCGCAGCUGUAACUCCGAGGCCUCCUCCUACGAGUCCAACUACUCGUACCCGUACACGUCCCCCCAGACGUCCCCCUGGCAGUCUCCCUGCGUGUCCCCCAAGACCACGGACCCCGAGGAGGGCUUUCCCCGCGGGCUGGGGGCCUGCACCCUGCUGGGCUCCCCGAGACACUCCCCGUCCACCUCGCCACGCGCCAGCGUCACGGAGGACAGCUGGCUGGGAGCCCGCAGCUCCAGGCCCGCCUCGCCCUGCAACAAGCGCAAGUACAGCCUCAACGGCCGGGCCCCCUGCUCGCCCCACCACUCUCCCACGCCGUCCCCGCACGGCUCCCCCCGCGUCAGCGUGACGGACGACACGUGGUUGGGCAGCACCACGCAGUACACCAGCUCGGCCAUCGUGGCGGCCAUCAACGCCCUGACCACCGACAGCAGCCUGGACCUGGGCGACGGCGUCCCCGUCAAGUCCCGCAAGACCGGCCUGGAGCCCUCGCCCUCGGUGGCGCUCAAGGUGGAGCCGGCCGGGGAGGACCUGGGCCCCACGCCGCCCGCGACCGACUUCCCGCCCGAGGACUUCUCCUUCCAGCACAUCCGGAAGGGCGGCUUCUGCGACCAGUACCUGUCCGUGCCGCAGCACCCGUACCAGUGGGCGAAGCCCAAGUCCCUGACGCCCGCGCCAUACCUGAGCCCGUCCCUGCCGGCCCUGGACUGGCAGCUGCCAUCCCACUCGGGGCCCUACGAGCUUCGCAUCGAGGUGCAGCCGAAGUCCCACCACCGAGCCCACUACGAGACAGAAGGCAGCCGGGGGGCCGUGAAGGCGUCGGCCGGAGGACACCCCGUCGUGCAGCUGCACGGCUACUUGGAGAACGAGCCGCUCACGCUCCAGCUGUUCAUCGGGACGGCGGACGACCGCCUGCUGCGGCCACACGCCUUCUACCAGGUGCACCGGAUCACGGGGAAGACGGUGUCGACCACCAGCCACGAGGCCGUGCUCUGCAGCACCAAGGUCCUGGAGAUCCCGCUGCUGCCGGAGAACAACAUGCGGGCCACCAUUGACUGUGCUGGAAUCCUGAAACUCAGAAACUCUGACAUUGAACUGCGAAAAGGAGAGACAGACAUUGGGAGGAAGAACACCAGAGUGAGGCUGGUUUUCCGGGUCCACAUCCCACAGCCCAGCGGCAGGACGCUGUCUCUCCAGGUCGCUUCAAACCCAAUCGAGUGCUCCCAGCGCUCGGCCCAGGAGCUGCCCCUGGUGGAGAAGCAGAGCGCCGACAGCUACCCGGUCAUGGGCGGGAAGAAGAUGGUCCUGUCCGGGCACAACUUCCUGCAAGACUCCAAGGUCAUUUUCGUGGAGAAAGCUCCAGACGGGCACCACGUCUGGGAGAUGGAGGCCAAGACCGACCGAGACCUGUGCAAGCCGAACUCUCUGGUGGUCGAGAUCCCGCCGUUCCGCAAUCAGAGGAUCACCAGCCCCGUCCAAGUCAGCUUCUACGUCUGCAACGGGAAGAGGAAGAGGAGCCAACACCAGCACUUCACCUACCUUCCCGCCAACGUUCCCGUUAUAAAAACAGAGCCGUCUGACGAUUACGAGCCCGCUGCAGCCUGUGGACCGGCGAGCCAGGGGCUAAGUCCCCUCCCGCGACCGUACUACAGCCAGGCGCUGGCCGCCCCGCCCGACCCCAGCUCCUGCCUCGUGGCCGGGUUCCCGCUCUGCCCGCAGAGAAGCGCCAUGAUACCCUCGCCGCGGAGUGCGAGCCCCAAGCUGCACGACCUUUCUUCCGCCGCCUACAGCAAGGGCAUCGCCGGCCCAGCCCACUGUCACCUGGGACUUGCGCAGCCGGCUGGAGAGGUCCCCGCCGCUCAGGACGUGUCGAGACCCCUGGCCGUGCACCCGGGCUCCCCCCAGCAGCCGCCGCCCGCCGUGCCGCAGCCGCAGGUGAGUCCUCGUCCCAGCAGCAGCUGCCCCCUGGGUCGGCAGCGCACGCUCUGUCCCGACAGCCCCCCCGCCCCGCCUCCGCCCGCCACCCAGGAGCCACCCUGCUUGCAGCCCUGCAGCCCGGCGCACCUGCCCGCGAUGGGCCGCCAGCAGCACCCCCUGCCGAAGGUCCAAAGGGACGCGUCUCCGACCGCCCGGCCACGGUCCCUGCCAGAGGUGCGUGAGGACAGUGGCCGUAAUUUGGCCCUUAUUCCUGUAACGGUCAAGCGGGAACCCGAGGACUUGGACCAGUUGUACCUGGAUGACGUAAAUGAAAUCAUACGGAAUGACCUCUCCAGCGCCAACACCCAUUCGUAGCUGCCGCGCUGGAGUUCGCACAGUUCAAUGCGGAAGUUGAGCUUCAGCAGAGACUUUUGUCUAAAGAAAUGGAACACACACCUGGUACCACUCAGAGCUUCCAACUGCCUGCCUGCUGGAGCCGAGGGUUUAGGUUCUGUGUACAGAGGAGCAGCUGUCUGCUGGGAGGCGGGACGAGGCGGAAGACCAUUGCAUCUCCUGAAGGAAAAGUCAUCUCGAGACGCCGGAGGGUGGCCGGCAGGGUGUGGCCACAGAAGGUGGCGGAGCACGUGCCUUUCACAGACGUUUGGACACACAGUCUGACCCUGAGCCACCCUCCUGGCACCCCUGGAGUUCAACACUGGAAGUGCCUUAUUUAACCAGCCCUCAGGGCUUCGUGGAAUUGUGCAUUGAACUUGCUGCCGUGAGAAUGUGUGUAGGAGCAGAAGCUGUCAGGACAUUUUCAUUGUGAAUUGUUGUCCGUUGUAUGAAUUCGGAGAAUACUGUUGAGCUAAGGGUGGUCAGAGAAACCUAAUAUAAGUUUCUUACUUUUUUCAGCUUUUCCUGGGCUGUAACAUACAAUCUUGCACCUCACCCGGUACAUUUUGGAAACCUUCCGACCUGUCAUCUCAGCUCUUUCAUAAUAUACUUGUUCCUAAGACUGCAGGAUUGUUAAUAGUAGCAUGCUAGGAUCUUUGUUUUUAAUCUGGCUUCGAACAUAGCACAAGUAAGUUGAAUAGCACAAGCUAGGUUACUGGACAGACAAGGAACUCUGUCACAGGCUGGGUCUUGCAUUUGCAUGUAUGUGCACAUAUAGACAUACUUAGGUUUGAACAAUGAGGGACAGAGGUGGUGAUGACUGCCCAGCGAGGGCUUCCACAUCAGCAAUAACCAGCAUCAUUCUGGAAAGUGCAUCUAGGACCCCACACCUGGCUUCCUAGCUCCCCCCUGCGAGGUGUGUCCCCAUCCCCGGACAGCUGUGCAUGUUCUCGUCUCACGGGUCAGACGAGCACCUCACAAAGCCAGGAGAGGUGCGUCCGAACAGCCGUAGCUGACCACACGGCCAGACGGGAAGUAACUGUAAAUAACGUCACAGAAGGAGUGUAAUAUAUUUGUUCAGUUGUAAGAUGAUUAGUUCACAGAAGCCUUAUAGCGCUCUGCUUCAUCUAAGAAAACAAUUACCAAAAACAACGUUUUAAUAUGCAGCAGUGUAUAGAAUGUUUCCAGAUUAGUUACUGUUAAUAGAUAGCUUAGUGUAGGCUUGACUACUGCAUUUUGUACAAUUAACCGCUUAUUACACGUUAUGACUAGCAGUGACCUAUUAUUUCAUGUAACCAAAAAGCAUGGUUUAAUUAAACACGUCUAAUAACUGUGCCUUAGCAGCUGAUGCCCCCUGGUGGAACAUGCCUGCACUGCGGCAGCGGCGGCGGGGGGCCGCGGCCACCAGUCACCGAGCAGUCAGGACAGGACGCUCCGCGGGAAGAAUUCUGUAUCAGACACUCUUCUGUAUGAUGAUGUCUUACUUUUUUAACUCACAGAAAGAAACAAAAACUGAAAGCCAUGUCUGUAACACUUGCACAUAACUGUGAAGAGCUGAAGGCGUGUGGUGGCGUGUACAUAUGCCCGGUACUUAGCACCGUAGGAGUUGCAUGGGACACCUCUCCGUGGCUGUCACGCCAGGGGAGGUCCGGUGUCAUGUCGGCUGUCUCUGUAGUUAGAAGCAGACCCAAUAAAGCAGCACUUUCCUGCUGGACAGCCCGGUCUGAGAGUGGUUCGUGGCAGGCGCAGAAAAGUC